UGCUUGUGCUUCUACCAUCUACGACCAUCGAUCGCUCAUUUCUAAUUAGUUCGACGGUUUAUUUAUCAAUAUCGACUGAAAACAUUUCGUAGACAUUGGAAUUAUUCAGUAAAUCUUACAUGAGAUAUGCAGUUAUCCUUCGUUCCUUAAUUAAGUGAAGGAAAACAUGACGACAGCACUGUAUCUGGAACAUUAUUUAGACAGUUUGGAACAUUUACCUAUAGAACUGCAAAGAAACUUCACAUUAAUGCGAGAUCUAGAUGCCAGAGCACAAGGAUUAAUGAAAGACAUUGACAAAUUGGCAGAUGACUAUUUAAAGAAUUUAAAGAAAGAAUCUCCAGAGAAGAAGAAAGAGCAAUUGACUCAUAUUCAAAAUCUAUUCAACAAAGCAAAAGAAUAUGGAGACGAUAAAGUUCAACUAGCAAUACAAACAUACGAACUAGUAGAUAAGCAUAUUAGAAGGCUAGAUUCUGACUUGGCAAGGUUUGAAGCUGAAAUACAGGAUAAGGCUUUGAAUAGUAGUAGAGCCCAGGAAGAGAAUAAUGCUAGCAAAAAGGGUAGGAAGAAAUUAAAAGAAAAGGAGAAACGAAAGAAAGGUGCUGCAGGUGCAAGUAGCGAAGAUGAAUCAAAAACUGCUAGGAAAAAGCAAAAGAAAGGUGGUUCUGUUACUUCUGCUUCAUCUGCUGGUGCUGUAGGAAGUGGUGCACAAGGUGAUUCUACAGCACUUGGACAUCCAGCAGAUGUUUUAGAUAUGCCAGUUGAUCCCAAUGAACCAACAUAUUGUCUGUGCCACCAGGUUUCUUAUGGAGAAAUGAUUGGUUGUGAUAAUCCAGAUUGUCCUAUAGAAUGGUUCCACUUUGCUUGUGUUGGGUUAACCACAAAACCUAAAGGAAAAUGGUACUGUCCUAAAUGUACGCAAGAUAGAAAAAAAAAGUGAAAUCCGGAAAAUGCAUAAAUGUAUUAACUUAUUUUAAAGAAAAGACUCGCACAUUAUUUCUAAAAUUAGCGUAUAAUAUUUUUCAUGAUUCAACAUGAAACAAGGUUAACUUGUAUAAAAAGGUAGGAAAUUUGUAAAAAAAAAAAAAAAAGAAACAAAGAAAGUGUUAAAGGCUGAAUUCACAUUGCAACCAAUGUUGCGAGCGUUCAAUUCUUCGUUUGCAUAAUAUUAAAUACAAAGAAUACAGAGGUCAAAAUAUUAUAUUUAAUAAUAACAAUAUUAAAUGUAAUAUUGUCUGUUGUUAGCAACGUUGGAUGUAAUAAAAAUACAGUAAAAUAUUAGCUUAGUACAGAAAAGGAAAUUCGAGAACCGGCCACGAUCAUUAUCCUCUUUCUAUUUUUUUGUUUAGAUGUACAAAGUAGUAAUUUAUUAUAAAUAAUUAAAAAUUCAAACAAGAGCUUGACUUUUUUUGGCCGUUUUUUGAAUAUCUGUGAUCUGCACAUGAAAAUUCUGUCUUACUAUAUAAGU